GUGUGUGUGUGUGUGUGUGUGUGUGUGUGUGUGUGUGUGUGUGUGUGUGAACUCCUCCUCUCCCAGAGAUCAUUCUGUUUUCCGGUUGGACUUUCCCCGUUAACGGGCCCGUUAUUCUGACUCUUCACACACCAGCCAGAACAAAGCUCAAAACACAAAGAACACUGACAGCAAAGUGAUCGGCGGCAACAAAACAUGGAAGCAACUACUUAACCUCAGUGGGUGGUUCUCAUCUCCAACAGCGUGGUGCUGCAGGGUGGAGCAGGGCAGACUGGAGGGAGCCAGGUGCUGCAAAUCAGCUCCUCGGUUUGGUGUCCAUCAUGGCUUCUGGAGAUGCAGCACCACUUUCCGGACUCCGAUUACUUCGUCUGAUCACUUGGUUUGACCCUGAAAGUGCUGCGACGGCGACCAUCUUGCUGGGGCUGUUCCAAGUGCUGCUGUCCAUCCCAAUGUAUCACUCUGACCCAAUUCUACCAAAUCUCUUCAUUCUCUCCUUCAUCCUAGGAGCUGUGAUUGUUGCCGGAGGAUCGUUUACCUUUGCCAAUGAGAGGAACCCCAGCAGACUAACACUCUACGGUUGUGCCUGCAGUAAUGCACUGGGCCUGCUAGGAUCACUUGUUGCCCUCUGCGUUUAUUGCUAUACCCUUGGAACAACACACCCAACAGGCCACUGUGAGCCCGGGGAUGAGAACAACUACUCAUGUCCCCUGGAGGACCUGGCGGCCCUCUCCUGGAGUAUGACACUUCUUCUGUUGCUCUACAACUUCGGGGCUGUGAUCAUGCAUGGCCUUCUGUCAGUCUCUGUCUUCAAAACACUGAAAACUAAUUAGAAUUUUAGACAACACCACAGCAUGGAGACUGCACUGAUUAAAGUACUAAAUGAUAUCUUUAUUAAUACAUCUGUUUUAGUGAUGCACAAUCUCAGUGCAGCUUUUGAUACUGUGGACCACAACAUCCUUUUUGAUAGACUAAUGAACUGGGUGGGACCUUCAGGCACCGUCCAUAGUUGGUUCCAAUCAUACCUCACAGACAGGAGUAAUGUUGUUUCCAUAGGUGAUCACAAAUCAAACAAAUCGUUCUGACGUGUGGUGGCCUUAAAGGCUCGAUACUUGGACCACUGCUUUUUAAUCUCUACAUGCUCCCACUGGGCCAGCUCACCUGCCCUCUCAGGCUCAAAAUAUGUUUUGAUAAAAGGACGAACAACUAAGUCCUUCAGGGGCACUUCUGAGUUAAAAAAUGCUCAUGAAAUACGUAUGUGGAGUAACCAGGUAGGUAGGUUUAACGUUGCUAAUCUGCAACGCCUGCUUCCAGAGGGAUAUAAAUCACUCAAUGGCAUGGGACCAGAAUACAUGUCGGAUCUCCUUUAGGUAUCUAUGCCCAGCAGGGCUCUGAGAUCAUUAGGAAACAGUCAGCUGGUAGAAACCUAGAAUACGGCUGGACCUGUUACAGAGGCCUAAAAGCCUGGGUGGCUUUGCCCCUCCCAACUUUUGCCAUUAAUAUUGGGCCUCAAAUAUUCAGAAAAUCAUAUACUGGCUCCAUACUCCUGACGCGGACUCGUUACAGAUUGAUGCAGCGUCCUGCGUCUCUACCUCUCUUAAAGCACUGGUCACCUCCAGCCUUCCAAUCUCUCCACUGCAGCACACUGACAGCCCUACAGUUAGAAACAGCCUCAAAAUAUGGGCUCAAUUAAGACCUUUGGAUUUAAAAACCUUCUCCAUCUAAGUCCUAUACAUGAUAACCACCUUUCCCCCGGUUAGAUUAGAUUCAGAAUUUAUUCUUUGGCUGAGGCAUGGCAUCCACAAUUUUGUUUACCUGUAUAUAGAUUAUAUUUCUGCAAGUUUUCAAGACGUAUCAUACAAGUUUGGUCUCUCUCGCUCUAGCUUAUUUAGAUACUUUCAAGUUCACCACUUCCUUCAAUAUUAUCACCCCAACUUUCCAAUUAUAGCACCAACUUCUGGUGCAGAUGCUCUGCUAAAAUCAACAUUUAAGUCUAAAGGCCUUAUCGAGAAUUAGCCUCCUUUAGAAGUACAACAGCAGCAAAGAUUAGAGCAGACUGAGAGGAUGAGCUGGGAAUGGUCUUGGAGGAGUGCUCUCUCUCUCAAGAGUCAACGACAGCACCUCAUGCGCAAAACUAAACAUCAUACAAUUCAAGAUCCUACAGUGCACCUUCUGCACUGUAACUGCUCACCUAUGCCUUUUAUGGGUUUAUAAAAUCUGAAAUUAAUAUCUAAAUGUCUUUGUUUAAUUUACUGUGUUUGCUGUUCUUGCUUCAGUAAAGCAAUUUGAAUUGCCUUUGUGUUUGAAAUGUUCUCUACAAAUAAAGCUGCCUUGCCUUGAAUAUUUA